UGCAAAUAAGAAUGAAAAUAGAAAAAUUAAAAAUUGAUUUUAAUCGAUAAAACACAAGAAGGGGAGAUUUUGUUAAUGGGUGAGCUGAAUAGAGUUAAGUCAUCGAAAAAACAUGGGAAGGCAGCAUUUGAUUCUUUUUUGUUGUCCAUGUUUUUAGGGUUUGAAGAUCAAUCAUUUUGUUAUCGGUUCAAUCUUUAGGGUUACGAAGCUCAAUUUUGAUUCAUCGAUUCUACCACCGCUACACCCACUAGGGCUUGCUACGAUCAACGCCCACCUUUGAUGGUUCGCAAGUGAUCUGUCAGAUGGCAUCUUCUCAUAAUGUUGAGUUUGAGGCUGCAAAUUUUCUGCAGAAACUCAUCAGAGAUUCUACCGAUGAACCAGAAAAAUUAGCUACCAAACUCUAUGUGAUAUUGCAACACAUGAAAGCCAGUGGGAAGGAACAUUCAUUGCCAUAUCAAGUAAUCUCAAGGGCCAUGGAGACUGUCAUCAACCAACAUGGUCUUGAUGUUGAGGCAUUGAUGUCUUCCCGCCUUCCCUUGACAGGUGGAAAUCAAAUGGGGGACUCUGCAGGAUCUUCACAGGCAGUUCGGGUUACAAAAGAUUCUAAAGUGGGAGUGGUUGAAAAUGAAUUUUCUAAAAGUGAUACAUUUGCCUCUAGCAGGCCACCCGCUGGCCCCAGUACGGCAGGCCAAGAUUAUCAUCUAGGAUCUGGAACUCAUAGGAGCAGUCAGUCUUUUGACCAUGAAAGUCCUUCCAGUGUGGACACUAGAUCUGCCAACUCCCAAUCCCAAGAUAGAGGGGCGAGUCAAAAGGAUGGAAAAAAAGCAGCCUCUAAGAGGAAGAGGGGUGAUUCUUCUCUUUCAUCUGAACCACAUGUGGACAACCUCCAACAACAAGAACCUCGCAGUGCUGUAGCUAAUAUGAGGAAGGCGAAAACAAAUAAGAUUGAUUCUUCGGGGAGUUUUCCUGCUAGAGGUAGUGAAAAUGCCACCUUUAAUAAUGCGGUUCCUAGUCCUAAUGCCGGCCAUAUAGAAGUUUCUUCUGCUCAUUUAUCAGCUGGACAACCAGGUGGCUCCCUUCCGCCUGCGCAUGAUAAUUUUUCUUCCAGAAGUGCAUGGAGUCAAAAUAAAACUGGACCACCUCUAGAAAGAUCCCAGGUUCCAAGAUUUUCUUUUAACCCCAUGUCGGGUAAUGUGAUGGCAGAUAUUCCAUUAAACCAGUCAACAUCAUCGUCACCUGGAGCUGGUCCUAUUAGCAAGGUUCAGGGAGGAAUGCCUGUUUCAUCUAGUUCGUACGCUAUUGGAGAGCUAGGAUAUUCUGGUCAAGUUCCUUUUGGUGGUUUUGAAUUUCAGAAGCAUGUAUCAGCUAAAGGUACUGCAACAAGUCCUGAUAAGACAAUAGAAGCCCAAUUUGCUCCCUCUAAUCGGGUAGAUGACUUGCCAGCAUCUUUUCCAACUGGAAGAGAUGAAUACGAUGGAGGCUCAAAUAUGUAUGCUGAUUCAAACAGGACUAUUCAGAGUGGCCGCCAAAUUAAUAGUUCUGAAAUGACAAUGGUUAGAGGUAAUGGUUCUAGAGAUAUAGGAAAAUCUCCGGUUUCUCAAUCUGGCAAUCCUUUCAAGGAUCAACAAUUGAAACAGCUCAGGGCCCAGUGCCUUGUCUUUUUGGCAUUCAGAAAUGGCUUGAUGCCAAAGAAACUACAUCUUGAAUUAGCACUUGGAAAUAAUUUUCCAAAUGACGAUUGGUCGCACAAAGAGCUGAGUGAUAAUAAAGGAAAGGUGCAAUCUCCUCAUGAGUCCAGUAGCAUCCCUGAAGUUUCAAUACCAUUUGGAAGGCUGAAUAAUGUAAAGGAAAGUGAUGGAGUUCCUCCAGGCACAUCAUCUAGUGGUAGAUAUUUGGAAGGCAACUCGUUGUCUAAAGAAGCUGAUAAGAAAAUGGAGGAAAAGAAUGCUCAACUAUCAGACCUCUCGGCGCUUGCAUAUGAGAGAAAACAUCCUUUUGCUGCUAGAAAGCAGGAAGCUGAAAUGCAGAGCGAAGACAAGGUGGAAUCACAACCAUUGUUCACCACCUCAAUCCAGCAACCUGAUUCAAAAAGGGGUACUUUUGCCUCUGGUAAUCUAGUGGACAGAAUGGACGAUGGUCAUAUGCAAGCUGGAAGGGGCGACCUUGCAUCUUCUGUAAUGAGUGUAAACAAACAAGUGAACUCUGAUUCCAUUAGGUGGACUGGGAUCGGAAGUCUUAAAGAGAUUCCCCGGGAAUCGCUUCCAUCCUCUUCUGUUCAGCAUGAGUUGAUGCCUGACAGAAAAGAUAAUGGUCCCUGUCAGCUUCAAAGUCCUGGUAGCAGUAGUGUUUUUGCAGGACAAGACGACGAAGAGAACAAGUCAGCUUCUACUGAUUCUCCUCCAUCUCCAAAGUUGACCAUGUCAGAGAAGUGGAUUAUGAAUCAGCAGAAAAAUAAAUUCUUGAUUGAGCAAAAGUGGGUCCUAAAACAGCAAAAAACCAAAGAAAGAAUUUCCACUUGUUUUGCAAAGCUGAAGGAAACUGUGAACUCAUCUGAGGACAUCUCUGCAAAGACUAAAAGUGUCAUAGAAUUGAAAAAGCUUCAGUUGUUGGAGCUCCAACAUCGUCUGAGGAGUGAUUUCCUGAAUGAUGUCUUCAAGCCAAUUACAUCGGACAUGGAUCGCUUAAAAUCAUUUAAGAAACAUAAACAUGGUAGGAGGAUAAAACAACUUGAGAAAUUUGAACUGAAAAUGAAGGAAGAGCGACAAAAGAGGAUUCGUGAGAGGCAGAAGGAUUUCUUUGCUGAGAUAGAAGUUCACAAGGAAAAACUGGAUGAUGCGUUUAAGAUUAGGCGUGAACGCUGGAAGGGUUUCAAUAAAUAUGUGAAAGAGUUCCAUAAAAGGAAGGAGCGUAUCCAUCGAGAGAAGAUUGACAGAAUUCAGCGGGAAAAGAUUAAUUUAUUAAAAAUUAAUGAUGUAGAGGGUUAUCUGCGAAUGGUUCAGGAUGCGAAAUCAGAUCGUGUUAAGCAACUGCUGAAGGAGACAGAGAAAUAUCUUCAAAAGCUGGGAUCCAAGCUUCGAGAUGCAAAGGCUAUGGAAAGGCACUAUGAAAGUGAUAUAGGUGACGCAAGAGCUGCUAUAACAGCUGAGGAGAAUGAAGCUUCUUUGUAUAAUGAAGAUGAAAGUGAUCAGGCAAAGCAUUACAUGGAAAGCAAUGAGAAGUACUAUAUGAUGGCUCAUAGCAUUAAAGAGAGCAUUGCGGAGCAGCCAAUAUGUCUUCAGGGUGGAAAAUUAAGGGAGUACCAGAUGAAUGGACUCAGGUGGUUGGUUUCAUUAUACAACAAUCAUUUGAAUGGCAUUCUUGCUGAUGAAAUGGGCCUGGGGAAAACUGUUCAGGUUAUAUCUCUUAUAUGUUACCUGAUGGAAACCAAAAAUGAUAGAGGUCCUUUUUUGGUGGUUGUACCGUCUUCAGUUUUACCAGGAUGGGAGUCAGAAAUCAAUCUCUGGGCCCCAAGUGUACAUAAAAUUGUUUAUUGUGGACCUCCAGAGGAGAGGCGUAGGCUAUUCAAAGAGAAAAUUGUGCAUCAAAAGUUCAACGUCCUAUUGACAACAUACGAGUAUCUGAUGAACAAGCACGACCGACCUAAACUGAGUAAAAUACAUUGGCAUUAUAUUAUAAUUGAUGAAGGUCAUCGCAUAAAAAAUGCUUCUUGCAAGUUGAAUGCUGACUUGAAACACUAUCACAGUGCCCACAGAUUGCUGUUAACUGGAACGCCAUUACAGAACAAUCUUGAGGAAUUGUGGGCACUCCUGAACUUUUUGUUGCCUAACAUUUUUAAUUCAUCAGAAGAUUUCUCUCAGUGGUUCAACAAACCAUUUGAGAGUAAUGGUGACAAUUCAGCUGAUGAAGCUUUAUUAUCGGAAGAGGAGAAUUUGUUAAUCAUAAACCGUCUUCAUCAAGUUCUGCGACCAUUUGUACUUCGAAGACUGAAACAUAAGGUUGAGAAUGAACUGCCUGAAAAGAUUGAGAGACUUGUUAGGUGUAACGCUUCUGCAUAUCAGAAGCUUUUGAUGAAGAGGGUGGAGGAAAAUCUUGGAUCCAUUGUAAAUUCAAAGGCGCGAUCAGUUCACAACUCAGUCAUGGAGCUUCGGAAUAUCUGCAACCAUCCAUAUCUUAGCCAAAUUCAUGUGGACGAGGUCGAUAAUUUGAUACCCCAGCAUUUUCUGCCGCCAAUUCUUAGGCUUUGUGGAAAGCUGGAGAUGUUAGAUCGGAUACUUCCCAAGCUGAAAGCAGCUGACCAUCGGGUUCUUUUCUUCUCAACGAUGACUAGGCUGCUUGAUGUUAUGGAGGAGUAUCUCACCAUGAAAAAGUAUCGAUACCUCCGCCUGGAUGGUCACACUUCUGGGAAUGAUCGUGGUGCCCUUAUAGAACAGUUCAACCAAUCAAAUUCUCCUUAUUUUAUUUUUCUGCUCAGCAUUCGGGCUGGUGGUGUAGGAGUGAAUCUACAAGCCGCCGACACUGUCAUCUUAUUUGACACUGAUUGGAAUCCUCAGGUGGAUCUUCAAGCACAAGCAAGGGCUCAUAGGAUUGGUCAGAAGAGAGAUGUGCUUGUUCUUCGAUUUGAAACAGUUCAAACUGUUGAAGAACAAGUUCGAGCUUCAGCUGAGCAUAAACUGGGGGUUGCCAAUCAGAGCAUCACUGCUGGUUUCUUUGACAAUAAUACAAGUGCAGAAGACCGUAAGGAAUAUUUAGAGUCCCUUCUACGAGAAUGCAAGAAAGAGGAAGCUUCCCCUGUAUUAGAUGAUGAUUCUCUAAAUGACCUCUUAGCUCGCAGUGAGGCAGAGAUUGAUAUAUUUGAAUCAGUUGACAAACAGAGGAAGGAAGAAGAGAGGGCAAAAUGGAAGAGUGUGCUACUGGGACAGGGUAUGGAUGUAACUGAGCCACCGCCUCCUCUGCCUUCUCGCCUGGUUACUGAUGAUGACUUGAAAUCGUUCUAUGAAAUGAUAAAGUUGUACGAUGUACCAAAGGCUGAGGUAGUAUCUAGUUUUAGUUUCGGGGUGAAGCGGAAGGGCCAGUCCCUUGGGGGUCUUGAUCCUAAACAUUAUGGAAGGGGCAAACGUGCACGAGAGGUGCGUUCCUAUGAAGAGCAAUGGACGGAAGAAGAAUUUGAAAAGAUGUGUCAGGCUGACUCUCCUGAAUCCCCUAAAUUGAAGGAAGAAGUGAUUGAAAGCAAGUUGCCAAAAGAUCCUAGUGUACCUGUGAGUACAGAAGCUGAGGCCCCACUUCCAGCACUUCCCCCACUUCCUCCACCACAAACCAUACUUCCUCCACUUCCUACACCACAAGCCUCAAUUCCUCCACCACAAGCCUCAAUUCCUCCACCACAAGCCAUAAUUCCUCCACCACAAGCCAUAAUUCCUCCACUUCCUCUAUCAGUAGCCAUGGAGACUAAACUACUGCAACAUAGCAAAGAGGCAACUCCACCAUCUAAGCGAGGGCGUGGCAGGCCAAGAAGAACAACUUCAGAUAAAUCUCCAACAGCAGUGGUACUUUCAGCUCCAGCAGGAGUCAGAAAAGUGGAUAUAGGGUUGCAGAAGGGAAUUGAAUCAAUCCAACUGAAACCCUUUGGUCCUGGUACUUUGCCUGGUUCUAGUAUAAAAGGUUUUAGUCCAGCUGCCCCCCUGGCCAGUACAGUGAGUACUCCUAGUCCCGAGUCUGCAAUCUCUUCACCUUUCAAAAUGCCCAGAGCGCAGUCUACUCCUGCUUCUGGUGUUACACCUUGCUCACAGUCUAAUUCUACUUCUGUUAUGACACCUGGCUCCCAACCUACUUUGGCUUCUGGUGUUGCACCUAGUUCUCAAUCUAAUUCUGCUUCUCUUAUGACACCUGGCUCCCAAUUUACUUCUACUUCUGUUGUUACUCCUGGCUCACAAUCUGCUACUGCUGCUUGUGUUCCUAUCCAAUCAAGAGGACGCGGUCGGAAAGCUCAGAGUGGUGCACAAGCACCGCGGCGUAGGGGGAAAAAACAGGAGGUAUUACUGCCUACUACUGAGAAUUUAGCAGUUCCUGCUCUAGGUUCAAAUGAACAGCCACUUAAUAUUUCUACUAUUCCAUCAGCCAGUGUCGUAAGUGUGACAGUUUCCAGUGUCCCCACAUCUCAUUCCCAUGGUAUUCUAACUGGUUCUGUUGCUGUUAAACUUCACGAUGGAACCACUACUCAUUCUGAAUCAGCUUUGGAUUCUAAGUUAGCUCUAUCUAUCUCUUCUGUUUCUACUACCACUCAAUGCCCUCCUCCUCCCGCUUCUGCUCCUAUGCAAAUGAAAGGGCAUGGCCGGAAGACACAAGCUGGAGCAGUAGGAACACCACGACGUAGAGGAAGGAAACAAGUGUUGGUUUCGCCAGCUUUUCCAGAUGCUUUGGUGGGUCAGAUUUCUACAUCAGAUUCGCUUCCACAGAAUAAACUCGAGGAGCCAUUGGGAAGUAAAGUUGCAGUAGGGGUAAGUGACCAAGGGACUUACGAUCGUGAACAAAAAGAUGUUGACCGGGAUAAAUCAACUACAAAAGUUGUUCAGGAUGGAAAAUUUAGUGAGCAAUUGGAUGACGUAGUGCAGAAUGAGCAACCAAUCUGCUCAGAUACUAAUCCUGAUAAUAUAAGUACAUCUCCUGGAAAGACUCUAAGCGGUGAUGUGAAUAAUGUGGAUACUGUGACAAAGGAGUUUUCAGCUGAAAAUACCUCUUUGAAAGCUAAUAUUGGCGAACAAGGUAAUGAAGCUGGUGUUGCCCCAGCUGUACCUGUGAUAUGUAAUACUCCUUCAGAGGUAGUUCAGAGCCAAAGCUCAGAGGAUAAAGUUUGCACAGUUGUUGACAAUGAAAAAGAGUCAUUGCCUAGUUCUGCUGUUGUAGAUAGCAUUUCCAAAUCUGUUCAUCAGGUGGCUGUAGAGAUUGCUUCUAAUUCCCAGACAAUUGUAUUUUGUCCUCCGACUUCUCCAGCUUACCUAUCCAUCCCUCCUGAAGCCGUCCAUGGUAAGAGGCAAGCUCGAAAGGCUCCAAAUAGAGCGGAAGCACCCAAAUGUAGGGGAAAGAAACAGGGUCUGGUUUCAACUGCUGUUGAUGCUUCAGUUGGUCAGGAUCCCAAAAUGCAUCCAGAGUCACAGAACAAAUUAAGGGACUUAUCAGGAAGCAGGGCAAUGUCUUUGAGAAGUAGACAAGAGAGAGAUCUCAAGGAACCUGCAGAUAUUGUUCAGGAGACAUAUUUCCCCAGUGGCCUAGGUUGUCAAGAUCCUAAACGAAAAGAAACCACCGGAAUUCCUGCUUUUGGUCGAAUUCAGACUGCUGAUGUUACUGAUGUUGCUCGUGUAAUGAAGGAAAUCUUUUCCGAAACUAGCUCGCCUAAGAAUAGAAUGGGGGAGUUUGCUAGGAACAAAGGCACAAGCACCCUAGUUACACCUUUAUUAAGUAAGACGCCUGUGGAGGUCGUAAAAACCCAAAACUCAGAGGAAAAGAUGCACCCAACUAAGUCAACUUCAGAAACAGCAAUUCCAAUUGCAGAGAUUUCAGUUGAUAGUUCCAGAGAGUCUGCAGAUGGUGUCAGUAUGGAAGAGGACCAUGUAUCUGCUUUGAUUCUAAAAAAUGAUGGAUCUGCGAUUAACUUGGCAGAUGCAGAACAGGCUUCUUACGUAAACCCAUUAACAGGGAGCAAUACGGACAUCACCGAGACAGUUCUGGUCACUGAUAGGGAAAAUGUGAAUCUUUCUUCUAACCAUUCUGGUCCCAAUCAACUUGGUGGUGGUACAAGUUCACCAUCCUCUGUGAAUGAGGUAGUUUCAGCAGUUGAAUCUGAGCCCUCUGGACCUUACAAACUUACUGGUCCUUGUCAAAGGUUUUCUGGAAAUGAAACAUUUUCAACAGUUGCAUCUCAAGGUUCGGCAGAGCCAUCUAGAACAACUAAACCGUCUCUCAGUCGCGAUGGAUGUGCUGAUCCUAAUCCAGGGUCUGCUACUAAUGAUGUGCUAUUAACAAUUGCAUAUCAGGAUGCAGCAGAUCCUUCUGGCGGAAAUGAUUUUUCUUCUUGCAUACCUAACCCUCAGGUACCUGCUCGUCUGAAUCCUCAGACCUCUAAAAAUGAGGUACUUGUAACAUUUCCAUCUCAAGGUGCAGUAGGGACUUCUGGAGUGACACAUGAUACAUUUGGAAAUGAAACAGUUCUUUCUUCGGAUGAGCCUAAAAAAUCUGUUCCCCUUUGUAAUAGCAACCUUGAGCAGUGUACAGCAGAUCUUGGAGCGAAUAUUUUGGAAGACAUCAGUGAAAUGCAACAGCCUUUUGAGAGCUCUGAGGAUGGUCAUCUGGAAAUUCACAAUGUUGAAGAAGGAAUGUCUUUCCCAGCUGAUGGUGCAAGGGAAUCUGAGUCUGCAGAUAGCGUCAACAUGGAAGAGGACCAUGCAUCUGCUUCCGCCAUAAAUAUUACGGAUGCAGGACAUGGUUCUUAUGAACAUCCAAUUGCAUGUGCAGCUCCGGUCACUGUUGGGGAAAUGGAAAAUGUUUCUUCUAAUAAAUCUGCUCCCGAUCAACUUGGUGGUCCUAAUCCAGCUUCCUCUGGGAUUGUAGUAGUUUCAACAGUUGAAUCAGAACCCUUUGGAUUGACUAAAUUUUCAUCUAGUCUUUCUGGUCCUAGUCCAGCGUCUGCUGGGGAUGAGAUAGUUUCAACAGUUGUACAUCAAGAUUUAGCAGAGCCAUCUGGAACAACUAAUCUGUCUUCCUGUAUACCCAGUCAUGAUGUGCCAUUAACAGUUGCAUCUCAAGGUGAAGCUGAGCCUUCUGGAGUGACUACCGACUCUGAUGGACCUAUUCGUCCCAGUCCAAAGUCUGAAAAUGAGCUACUUGCAUCUCAAGGUGUAGCAGAUCCUUCUGCAAUGACUACCGACUCUGAUGGACCUACUCGUCCCAGUCCAAAGUCUGAAAAUGAGCUCCUUGCAUCUCAAGGUGUAGCAGAUCCUUCAGCAAUGACUACCGAUUCUGAUGGACCUACUUGUCCCAGUCCAAAAUCUGAAAAUGAGCUACUUGCAUCUCAAGGUGUAGCAGAUCCUUCUGCAAUGACUACCGACUCUGAUGGACCUACUCGUCCCAGUCCAAAGUCUGAAAAUGAGCUCCUUGCAUCUCAAGGUGUAGCAGAUCCUUCAGCAAUGACUACCGAUUCUGAUGGACCUACUCGUCCCAGUCCAAAAUCUGAAAAUGAGCUACUUGCAUCUCAAGGUGUAGCAGAUCCUUCUGCAAUGACUACCGACUCUGAUGGACCUACUCGUACCAGUCCAAAGUCUGAAAAUGAGCUACUUGCAUCUCAAGGUGUAGCAGAUCCUUCUGCAAUGACGCAUCAACUUAUCCAAAGCAGCGAGCAUGGUCAUGUGACUGUGAACAAUGAUGAUAAAGCUGUGGCUGGAAGUGGGGAGGAUGAAUGUUUUGCGAGCUGUGAUACUGGGGUAAAUCUGUCAGCACCAUUGCCAAGCGAAGUCACUGCUAAAUUUAUCGAUAAAAAGGGCGUGUAUCAAAUAGAUAAUUCACCGGAUAAGCUAGCUGAAAGCAGUCAUCCUACAUCUUCUCUGGUUGAGAAAGAAAAUUUUGAUGCCUUAUGUGAGAAGGAGAAAGGUAGGAACGAUAAACUUCCAGAAUCAGUAUCAGAGGAUAAACGUCAAGAAUCAAUAUCAGAGGAUAAACGUCAAGAAUCAAUAUCAGAGGAUAAACAUCAAGAAUCGGUAUCAGAGGGUAAACACCAAGAAUCUCAAACAGGGAUCGGAAGUAAUGAUGUGGAAUAAUGACCAACAGUGAAUCUGAAUUAGGGAUGGGUAAUGAGGGUUCACCACCUGAAGGAGAGAUGAUGGGUGAUAAGGGUACUAAAUACUGUAAAGUUCUGGUUUAAUCCUCUAUUAGCUAAACAAUUUACUGUUUUUUUGCUUGUAUAAAUCAAAGAAAUUGUACUAGUUAAAAAGCCAUGCAUGGAUCUGGAAUUCAGGAAAUAUCAUCUUGUAACAUGUCAUGAUGAUUGUUGUAGUAAGUUGCCGACUUUAGAAUUA